AUGUCAGAUCGCAUAUCUCGUCUUAAAUCCUCAUCAAAUGAUAUAUCAACGAAUCGUCGUCGACGUAGCCCGGAGGGAGAAACGGCAGAGAAAACAACAUCUAAACUUUCAUCGGUAUCGUCUAACGAUUCUGCAUUCCCCAGUAGUAUUGAAAUAGACGAUAACAACGAUAACAAUUCUCGUUCAAAAAGCAGUCAUGGAAGACUAAGUGGAAAUGAUUCAAAAUCUACUGAAAUUCCGUUAGUACAAGGCCAGCAUCACACAUCUAGCAGUAGCGACGAUCGAUUUAGACAUGGCAUUCGGUAUAUUACUGAUGGUCUUAUUCGUAAACUGAGUAAACAAAAUAAUAUAACUCGAAUAAAAACACUCGAUUUCAGUCAACUACGCGACAAAAAAAUACGUUACAUCGAAAAUCUACAAACGCUUGUCGGUUUAGAACAAUUAAAUUUAAACAACAAUCUUAUUGAAAAGUUAGACGGUCUUAAAACAUUGAAAAAUCUAAAGGAAUUUUAUAUCGGUCAUAAUUUUAUUAAAACAUUAACAAACUUAGAAGAAUUAUCAAAAUUAGAAGUGUUAGAUGUCCAACAUAAUCAAAUCAGUGAAAUACCCGCAUGGUUUGCGAAAAAGUUAAUAUCAUUGAAAUCACUUAAUCUCUCAAAUAAUCGUAUUCAAUCAUUCGAUCAGAUAGUCAAGUUACGAACAUUGUAUGAAUUGAAAGAACUGAAUUUACAAGGAAAUGAAAUUAAUCAACAUGAGCAUUAUCGUCUACUUGUCAUCUCUUAUUUACCAACAUUAAAUGUUCUAGAUCAAGUGAAAAUUACUGAAGAAGAACGCGAACAAGCAAAAGAACAAUUUGUUCAACAAGAAGUUCAAAACUUAUUACAUUUACUUGAACGACGUGAUAAUGAAUGUCGGCGAUUAAAUAUGCAAACAUCGAGUAGUGAACAAAUGUUAGAAAAAACAAGUGAUAAAUUGAAACGAUUAGAACAUGUUAGCAGUACUCAAGUGAAUGAAAUUAAACUGUUACAAGAAAAAUUGCAGGCAAGUGAAGAAGAAUUACAGCGUAAAACAUCAUUAUUAUAUCAAGCAUGUGAGAAACAAACAGAAUUAGAGCAAGAAUUAGCAUUUUAUAAAAUUGAUUUGAAAUUCGAUAUGAUAGAUUUUUCUCAAUAUCUAAAUGGAAAUACGGUAAGACAUAUGAACAGAGGUUUAACGAAAGAUAGUCCGUAUAUUGGAAAAGCAAAAGUAAAAUUGAAUAGUUAUGCCUUGGAACAAGAAAUGAUUAAUGAUGAACAACAACAACUAGCCAGUGUGGGUCAUCUUCAAAAUCAAUCAAUGAUUCGAAUACAAGCCAAAGAUUUAAACAAUCUAAUUGGAUGUCAAGAAGCGACAUUGUUGAAUCGUGAUGAUAAUCAAAAGUACAAUGAAAAAUUAUUAGAAUUAGCUGUGAAAGUUAGUGAAUUAUCAUUUUUACGUGCUAAACAUGAAAUAUUUGAAAAUCGUUUGGAAAUAGCUCGUCAAAGUGAUAAUCCUGAGUUAUAUGAAGACACUAUUAAACAAUUAUCGAAUGAUUUAAAUUUAUUACAAAAUGAAAUGAUGAAUAAGAUUAGUCAUAUUCAAGAUUUGCAAAUCGAUUUAGGUAAUAUGCGUCAAGAUCAGGGUAGUGGAGUUGGUAAAGACGUAGAACGUAUUACAAAAGAAUUAAAAUUGAAUGAUGUUCUACAACAACAUAUUGAUCGAUUGAAAAAAGCUGAUUUAUACGAUAGAAAUUAUGAGCAAAUAAGUAAGAAUGGUACAACAUUUGAGCAAGCGUUAAAUGAUGCCAUAUCAUCAUCAGGUGCAUCUAUACAUGAUCAUAGUCCUUCAAUAACAUAUGAUGAUAGUAACGAAUUAUCAAAUCGUUUAUCUUUACUUGAAUAUGCUUUAGAAGCAAAUAUUAUUGAACAAAAACAAUUAUUAAAAUCAAAAUUAUUAACUGAAGAACAUGCACGUUUAAAAAUUCAAGAAUUAGAAGAUCAAUUACAUCGUGAACAAUUAUAUUCACAAGAAAAAUUAAAUAAAUUAGAACAAAAAUUAAACGAUACAACAACAAUGGCUGAAAAAGAAAAACAACGUAUACUUAAACAUUUGGAAGAUGAAAAACGUUUUACACGUGAUAUUAUAUCGAAAUCAGAACAAAUGAUCAAACAAUUAAAACGUGAAUUAUCACAAGAAAGAAUAGUUAAAAGUGAACAACAAAAAACAAGUGAAGCAUUAAGAGAUAUUUAUAAAAAAAUAAAUCCAGAAAAAUUAAAACAACAACGAAUCGAAAAUAAUCAUGAUCAAGACUCUCGAACGCCACUUUCAUCAUAUCGUAGUAGUCGAAAUAUAAAGAAUGAUGAUAAUUCCGAUGUUGAUACAAGUCUUCAUAAAUCUCGUACUAAUAACGAUUCAACUUUAGAUAAUUCUGUAGAUAAAACUGAACCUCCACCAUUAUUAUCUUCAACACCUCGAGAUAUAACACAUAAUAAUAAUGAACAAAAAGUAAAAAAAGCCCCUGUUUUUCGUCAUUUAUCUCAUUCGAAUAAUACCACUACUACGGCUGAAUUUCAGCAAGAAUUAAGUCAAUUACUACAGAGAAAAAAUGAUUCAAUUUUAAGUGGAAAAUCACGAACAUUAUCACCGCCAACUUUGAAAAUUGAUAGACAAGAUGAUAAUGAACAACGAAAUGGACAUUUACCACCAACACCAAAAAAAUGUUUAGGUCUCAAUUCGAGUAUUUCAUCGUUAGAUAGAUUAAAACAUCAGCAAAAACAUGAUGAACAGCAAAAAACUGAAAUUAAUCCACCUCAAUUUGACAGAGAACAGCGUAUUGACGGAGGUAUGAUUAAAGAAGAUGAGAAUAAUUUAUUGUAUCGUUUACAUGGUUACUACAAAGCUGGUCAAGUCUAUUUAUCAGAAAUGACUACUGAUAACGACACUUUACCUAAUACUGAUGGGUCAAAUUAUUUAUCACAACCGUUAAAAACAGCUAAUGAUUCAGGUUAUUCAAGUCAACAAACAGCACGCUACGUGGAUCCAUUCUUAUCAACUCAACCAUUUUCUAUUCAAAAAUGUUUUAAAAAUAUAAUGGGUAAUGAAAAUAUGAUUCAGUUCAAUCAUGAUUACACCGUUGGAAUGGUAAGAACUGGAGAUUAUAGUAAUACUCAUCAUCAUUAUCAAAGUGCACAAAAUAUUGCACAACAACCGCACACGGGAAAUGUAACAUUAUAUCCGACACCUGAAGGUUACAUGCUCGGACCGAACUCAGUUACACUACAGCAACAACAUCAUCAACGAUCAGUAAAUAAUUCAGAAUAUUUUCAUCGAUUGACACCUCGAGAACAGCAACAACAUCCACAAUUUUCAACAUCAGUAAAUAUUCCACCAGAAGCUCUAUCAUCAAAUCGAACCCAACGAUCAGAUGAUAUAAUACAAUUACAAGGUCCAGUAGUAUUCCGUACCGAUGUUAAUAAUAUAUCACCCAUCUCUGUUAAAUUACGUAGUUUAAAAUAUCCACAACCGGAAAAGAGUACAAUGACCGAUACUGAUUCGAUUCGUCGAGAAAUUGAUCGUGCCACAGAUGAAAUUGAUUAUUUACGUACUACUUUACAUUUAAAAGAAGAUGAAUUACAUAAAGAUUCAAAAUAUUUAAAAUUAGCUGAUUUAGCUUUAACUAAACAAGAUGAUGAAAUACAUUUACUAAAUCGUACAUUAGAACAACAAAAAUUGGAAAUUGAACGUUUAAAAGGUGUACUACAAGAUUUAUUAAAUAAUGGAUCAGAGAAUGAACAAAAUGUUUUAUUAAAUGUUAGUGAACAAUUGCAACGUGUACAAAAAAAUAUACAUGAACGAUUAAGUCCAGCAUUAACACGAAUCGUAGAUAAUAGAAUACCUUAUGUACAACAGCAGGAAGAUUCUAUUGGAAUGCAAAUGAAUGGAGGUCAGUUUAUUCCAAUUGGUAAUACAGAUUGGUUAUGUAAUAUUCCAAGACAUAUUGAGCUAGAACAAAUUAUUAACGAUUUACAAGUAAAAUUAGAUGAAUAUCGAGAGCAAUUAAAUGAAAUAAAAAAAGAUAAUAGACAUUUGGAGAAAAAAGUAGUUAGCCAAGAUACAAUAAUAAGACGAUCGAAUAAAAUUGAAGCAUUAGAUUUAGCUAAUCAGCAACAACUACGUCGAGCAAAAUCAGCACAUACAUCUGAAAUAGAAACUUUACAGGAUGAUGUAUUUGUAUUGGAACAACAAUUAAUACGAAAAAAACGUGAAGUAACAAUGGCUCAACAGCAAUUGAAAAAUAUGACGAAAUUUUCUCAGACCGUAUUACACGAUUUGAAAACGGCGAAAAAUCGACAUACAAUAACAAAACGUGAAACAAAAGUAUUAGAACAAAAAGCUGAAUCGCUGACCAGAAAACUUGUUAAAUUAACCGAUGAUAUACGCCAGGCGGAAGAACAUUAUGAUAAAAUUAAAAAUGAUGUGCAAAUAAGUCAACAAGAGCAAGCAACCUUAGAUAAGAAUGUCGAAGAGAAGAGAGCAUUAUCAAUUGUUCUUGACGAACAAAUUCGUGAUUGUUAUAAUUCGUUUAAUUCGCUCAUACGUACAUCAACUCAGUGUCUGACAGAUCUCUCAACGACUAAUGAUGAUAAUAACAUCACCAGUUAUCAGUCACAACAGUAUCCGAAUAUAUCGUUAAUGUCACGUGACGAUAUUCAACGUUAUUUAACUCAUGCAGUAACUGAAAAUAAUAAAAUAAUGUUAAAACAUCAAAAUAUGUUACAAAAACAAAAACAAAAAGCACAACAAUUAAAACAAGAAAUCAAAGAGAAAGAAGUUCAUUUAGAACAAUUGAGACAAAACUUAGAUUCCUCGAAUGAACAAUUACGAAGAAGUUCUCAAGAAUUAUUAGAAAACAAACAAGUUUUAGAAGAACUAGAAAAAGUAAAAGAAAUAAAAUUAGAUAAAUUAAAUGAAUGUGAACGUGGCUAUGAUCGGAAAUUGACACAAGAUAAACAAUUACAACAACAAUUUGAAAUUCUCACAUCGGAUGUACAAAAAUUAAAACGACAACAGAAAGAUUCGCUAGCAGAUUAUGACGCUCUACGACAUAAUAUUGACGCUGAUCAAAAGAUUUUAAAUGAAAUUAAACUUGAAGCGCAACGUUUAAAAGAACAAAUAAAAGUAUUCUUAGACGAUAAGGAAACACUCGAUGAAACAUGCGAUCUAUUAGGUAAGCAAAUCAACGAGAAAAGAAUAGACUUUAAUGGAAUUACAUUGAUUUCUUAUCUCUUCAUAUUCUCUAAUAUUCGUAGCUCAUAUGACUGGUUGUUGAGCACUUUUGCCUUUCUCCAUUCUUCUCUGCACAAUACUUAUCAUCCAUCUAGCCAAACACUUCUUACACGAUUAAAAAUUCAUCUGAACGAGAGUUUUUGCAUAGAAGAUACAGUACCAUAUCUAAUUGGUGGUGUUA